AAUCACAAUUACCAAACAAUAAACAUUUUACAAUCUGUUUUCAACAAUUCGAAGAGUUAGAAUCUUUAGAUUAUUGACAAUCUAUAGAUUUAAACUCAUGUUCUACUUCAUUAGUAGGCUUUGUUCUAGCCAAAUCAAUUAUGGUAUGUUCGUUGUCCAAAUUUAAAGAUCAUGGCAUAUAGAAGCUUACACACACAGUGACUGAUAAUUGUCGAAAACAUAUUGAUUUUGCGUGCUUAAUGUGAUUAUUUCAUGAUAUGUUUGAGACAUAUGAUGCUUGUUCGAAGCCUAAUUGACUAUGGAAUGGUUGCAAAACCAUUACCAUCAAGUGUCAAAUAUUUUAUAUAUUUCAGGUAAAUGAAACGAGAAAUUCACAUUGAUGUAUGGUAUAAUUAAGGUGGACCGGAUGGGUAUUAUGGAUUCUUUGAUAACAAAGCUUAAUUAAUUGGUCUUAUGGGAAAGUUUUGGUGGGUGGCUGGGCUGAGGACACACGGAAUUGAGCUGGGGAUUUAUUGGAGAGGCCCAUCUUCUUUGUCUGGUUUGGGGGGAGGAGACUUGAAUUGGACACGGAAUUAAGAGGAGAAAGUUGGACCGGAGAAAAAGGGAGGAAGGAAACGAAAUUGGCGGGGAGGGCAAUCCUUUGGAGCACGGCAACUCGGGAAUAAGAGGAAGGGCAGCCGCUGGGGACACAGAAUUCUUUUGGGACGGAAUUGGAGAACGAGCAGCGAAGCGCAACGCAAGCGGCAGAGCGCAACGCGACUUUCGAGCAGCGAUUGGAGAGAAAAUCAGAAUCUGUGAUUUAUUUCGUAUCAGUAUUUUCUCUUCUUCUCGUUACUAGUUUUAUGAUGAUUAAGAACAUGAUUAUAUCUUUUAAUUUCAUCAUGAACUAAACCCCAAUUUCUGGGGGAAACACCAUAGGAUGUAGCUAUUUCUUGACUUGAUGGAUUGAUUCGUAUUUCUUUUCUUCCAACCUCUAUUGCAUGAAAUUACUUAAUGCUUUGUGUUGACAGGCCACCAAUACAUUGAUUUGUUGUUAAUUAGGUUAUUAAGGACAGUGAAACCUAAUGACUGAACAUAUUUCAUGUGGCAUAGUAACUUAUCGAAGCGACAGUGGAUUAAGUAAGGUGUUAUGCGGUCUUAAAUAGGAUAUCGAUCUUCAGGCUAGAUAAUUAAGUCAUUGAGCUACGACAGUAGGAUUUGAUUUAAUUGUUUAGUACGUAGUAAUUCCUGACAGGGAUAGCUAGCACAUUCGUGAUAUCCUGGCUGUAGAGAGUUGGAUUAAAUUGAUUAGAAUAUGUGAAUUAAUCUGGAUAGGAUAGGUAGUGAAUCCCGGUGUUUCUCCCAGAGCUUUCUCCCAUCGAAUUUCUCCCGACAAGUUUACUUUGCUUAAUUAGUUUAAUUAUUUUGCUAUUAGUUGAUAAUCUCAUCAACCAAACCAUUUUUCACUUAUAGUUUGCUCCACAGAAUUGAUAAAUUAUAAGGUUGUACCAGUCCCUGAGAGACGAUACCCGGACUUUCCAAUUUUACUACGAGAUAGGAAUUGAAGCAAUACGCUUUUGCCCGACCAAGUUUUUGGCGCCGUUGCUGGGGACUGCCAUACCUUAUUUUUGUUGAUUUUUGUGAGUGAACUAUUUUGAUCUCGGUGUUAGUGUGCUGAAGAAUUUUCAGGUUUAUCCUCCUCGUGCAUGCCUAGGAGGACGACUGGCAAUUUACUGCCACUAGAUCCGGAGAUUGAGAAGACCUGCUGAUAACGAUGUAAUUGCACAUAUUUGCGCCCCUAGUUCUUAUCCGUUUGAGGGGCAUAGUCGUGUAUUUUUGGCCUAUUUUACGCCGGGUUGUGCUAUUUUGUCAUAUUUCAGGUCUCAAGCGUCAAAGGGAAGGCUAAGCACGAGUUUCGGGGCAUUCGGAAGUCAUUUCGUCAAGCUGGAGCCAAAACACGGGCACACCUAAAGCAUUAGACGGUCGUGUUCUGUGGCCGUGCUUUUACUGCCGAGAGAAAAUUCGAGUUUGGCAAACAUGAGCUGAUUACACGGGCUGAAAGCACGGCCGUGUUCUCCCAAAAGCACGGCCGUGUUUGCACCAACAGAAUGGCCGUGUAAUUAACCCUAGCCAAAGCACGGGCGGGCUGGAGCAAAGCACGGCCGUGCCCUCGACCGUGCUUUGGCCACUGAUGCCCUUUUAAGCAGAUUUUCAGCCAAAGAGAAGGGGAUUCGAGUUUUGAGAGAGAUAGAGCGAUUCCUAGAGAGAGAAAGCGACGAACAAGAGUCUCCAAGUGCCCUAGCUUGAUCUUCAACACCAUUGGAGGCCAGUUUGAGCUUGGAGAAGUGCCGAUCAACGUCCAGAAGUAGGAAUCCAUCCUUCACAGUAUGAAUUCCGCGUCUGAUUCUGCUUUUGCUUCUUUCUCUAUGGAGUAGUUCUCUCAUUCAUCUGGGUAUGGAGAACCCUAGAUUUGUAUGUUAGGCUUUGAUUGUAUGAACCCAAGUACUGAUUCUAUGAUUUGAUUAUAUUCGAUUGAGGUUUGAAUGAUUGAAUGACUUGAAUCCUGAUCAAAUUCCUGUUGUUUCUGCUUUGACCUAGAAUGAGAAUAUUUGCCUAGGUUGAUAGAGCAUCCUUGAUUGAAGGUAGGGAGUUGGUGACUUUAGUCGAGGAGCCAACUCACUAUUCUGUAUCGGAUUCACUCCGGUAGUGGAGGUUUUGUUUGUUAAGGCCUCAAUCUGUUUACUCCGGUGGAGGUUAGUCGCCCGCUAGAGACUCAGAUUGAGAGGGUCUGAAGACCUUUAGUCGAGACUUCAGGAUGUUUAAGAACCUUCCGCAGUAUAACUAUCAUAGAAACUGAACUUGGUAAUUGCAAUCCGGCUUAACUGCAGUCUAGGGGGAACCAAAUCCGGGUGACCUCUCUUAACCUGAAUACAACCGUUUACUUGCUUUGUUAGUUUGUUAGUUUAGACUUGCAUUAAAGUUUCAUUGCUAGAUAACAAGAAUUCACUGAGUAGUCAUCAAAUCUAGGACCCGGGUUGAUAAUUAAACCUAAACCCGCUAUACUACGCUUUAGGAAGUGGUUUCACUUGGCCAAUUCCUGGAGUGACAGUAGAAGUGAGUCAAGUUUUUGGCGCCGUUGCCGGGGACGGCUAGGUUGUUGAAGAAAAGUGAUUUCUGUUAAUUUAGCUUUUUGCUUUGUUUGCUUUGUCCCACUUAUGCCUUCACGGGUUUGCUUGCUUGAGUGUGUGCAGGUAGUGCAUGACCCGUAGCCAGUCAAGAGGUUUACUGCCGUUGAAUCCGGAGAUUGAUCGCACCUGUCGCCAGCUCAGGAGACAACAGCGAGCAUAGACGGCCACCUAAGUAGCGAUUCUGAAGAAGAGCACGGGAUGGACGGAGACUACAAUCAACACCAGGGGAAUCUGCAGCAGGUUCCCCUGGUGAAUCAGGUCCUGGGGAACAACCCCAUACCCCAGGAUCAUGGGGUUCAUCAUCCAUCGCCGCCGGGCCCCACCUUGGAGUACUACUACACUCCUCGGAUUGCUGACAUCCGCCCGGCCAUCCUCUACCCGCCUAUUCCAGCAAACAACUUCGAGAUCAAGACAUGUUGGAUUCAGCUCAUUACAUCCUCUAUCCAGUUCCAUGGUUUGAAGGAUGAGGAGGCCAGGGUGCAUCUUUCCCGUUUUCUGCAGCUGACGAACGGGUUCAAGCUGAAUGGUGUCCCUGAUGAUGCAAUCCGCCUUCAUCUCUUUCCCCAUUCUCUGGCGGGGAAUGCUAAGAGGUGGUUGGAGACCCAGCCCCCAUUGUCCAUCACCUCUUGGGACGAUCUGGCUGACAAAUUCGUGCACAGGUACUAUCCGGCAUCGAAGACUACAGAGAUCCAGCGGGAGAUCACUCACUUCCGCCAAGAGCCAGAUGAGUCACUUCGUGAUGCAUGGGAGCGGUACAUGGGAUAUUUCUGGCAGUGUCCCCAUCAUGGCUUUAGUGAUGCAUUCACAGUGGGGAACUUCUACAGUGCUCUCUCUCCAGACAGCUAGAGGGUGAUUGAGUCUCUAUGCCCAGGAGGGGAUAUUCUUACUAAGACUCCACCCGAGCUGAACCAGAUGAUCAAUACCUUGGCUGCCAGAGAUCAUUCUUGGGGACAGAGCAGCAGAGGCAGACAGUCCCGGGACCGUGGUGUGCACGCCAUGGAGACCAGAUCCGGGCUCGAGCAGUAGGU